UCACACAUCUUUUUCCUUUCAGCAUCAAGAUCCAUUUUGUGUAGAAAUAAGUGGUUCCCAGAGAACAGCCUCAAUGACAGAACUGUCUGCACAUUUACCCCAGUUCCAGCAUGGGCAGCUGACAGAAAACUUCCCUGACAACCACCUCAGCAACACCAAUGAUAACAGUGAAAGACGACGCCAUGAUAAUAGUGAGCGCCGAAGAAAUGACAGUCCUGGGUCUGAGAGUAAUGGGCAGCCACAGAACAACAUUCAGCAAGUGGUGGAUCAAGAUGAAGAAGAAGAUGAGGAGCUGACACUGAAAUAUGGGGCAAAACAUGUGAUUAUGUUGUUUGUACCUGUCACACUUUGCAUGGUGGUCGUUGUUGCAACCAUCAAGUCUGUCAGCUUUUAUACACGCAAGGAUGGACAGCUAAUCUACACUCCCUUCACAGAAGAGACAGAUACCAUUGGACAGAGGGCCCUGAAUUCAAUUCUCAACGCUGCAAUCAUGAUCAGUGUCAUCAUUGUCAUGACCAUACUCCUGGUUGUGCUUUACAAAUAUAGGUGCUACAAGGUGAUCCAUGGUUGGCUUAUCAUUUCUUCUCUGUUGCUGCUUUUCUUUUUUUCAUUCAUCUAUCUGGGUGAGGUCUUUAAGACGUAUAACGUUGCCAUGGACUACAUUACAGUAGCACUCAUAAUCUGGAACUUUGGUGUUGUGGGAAUGAUUUGUAUUCAUUGGAAAGGCCCACUUCGGCUUCAGCAGGCGUAUCUCAUUAUGAUAAGCGCUCUCAUGGCACUGGUGUUCAUUAAGUAUCUUCCCGAAUGGACUGCGUGGCUUAUCCUGGCUGUCAUUUCAGUGUACGAUUUGGUUGCUGUCUUAUGUCCUAAAGGUCCUCUUCGUAUGCUAGUUGAAACAGCUCAGGAGAGAAAUGAAACUCUCUUCCCAGCACUUAUUUACUCCUCAACAAUGGUGUGGCUGGUGAACAUGGCUGAGGAAGAUCCAGAAGGGCAACGGAAAGCUGCUAAAAACUCCACUUACGAUAAGCAAGCUCCAGCAAACCAGUCUCAGAAUGGAGAUGCUGAAGCAGAUGAUGGUGGCUUUAGUCAGGAGUGGCAGCAACAAAGAGACAAUAGAAUAGGACCCAUUGAAUCAACACCUGAAUCACGAGCUGCUGUUCAAGCUCUACCUAGUAACUCUCAAACCAGUGAAGACCCUGAAGAACGAGGAGUAAAGCUAGGUCUAGGAGACUUCAUUUUCUACAGUGUCCUGGUUGGCAAAGCCUCUGCAACGGCAAGCGGGGAUUGGAAUACAACUUUAGCAUGUUUUGUAGCCAUAUUAAUUGGUCUGUGCCUUACACUUCUGCUUCUUGCCAUCUUUAAGAAGGCCUUACCAGCUCUUCCAAUCUCCAUUACUUUUGGGCUAGUUUUUACUUUGCGACAGAUAACUUGGUGCAGCCCUUUAUGGACCAGCUAGCAUUCCAUCAGUUUUAUAUCUAGCACGCUUGUUGCUGAUACUUUAUGUAUGUUUGUAUUUGUAGCAAAUCUGGGAGGAGGAGAAACAUCUUUCCCUCAGUUCUCAAGUGAAACUGAAGUUUAAUACUCAAGAUUCUAAGCCUGAAUCAUUACAACUUCCUCCAGUUUUUUGUUUUUGUUUUUUUUCUGAGACAAGUGCUGCAUUGGGCACCACAUGAAUUUUCCUGUGCAAAAGUGGUUUCUUCCUGAUGGCCGCUCUAAACUGGGUGUUAUCAGAGGUAAUCCGAUAAACAUCUCUGGCAAGGACCACCUGUGUGUAAAUGGCUAAUGCUUCCACCAGCAAUGUGAUCUCUACCACAGGUUGAUUAUUUUCAAAGCAUUACGGGUGCUCAGGACUUCCUUCCUGUUGACAGAGGAAGCUGACAAAUCACAUGAAACUUGUCCUGUAAGCCAACUCAAACUUCUUCGGCAGUGGUUCUUCGACAACUGAUUCUCACUCUGCUUUGUGUAAGGAGAGAAGAGCUUAGUCACAGUUCAACAAAGGGAGAAAAUACUGUCACUCUGUAAGAGUGCUCCACCACUUCAUAGCCUCUGUGCCCAGGUGUGCUUGGUUUAGUACAUUUAAACUUUUUUUUUCCCCCCACACUGGAACUGGAGCCUAUUCUGAGUUUUCUUUGUAUUGUCGAGCAUGGAGUGCACCUUCUGUACACCUGCUUCAGUUUGUGUAGCUAUUUGGACUUGGACUGAAUUAUAUGGCAGAAGGCUUCACAGACUCCUAAUUUGGAUCUAAGAUUCUAAAAGGUUGGUAAACUACACUGAAAGGCAAUUUUA